CUUGCGAGGACGGCGGCCUAGAAAACCGUUAACUGAUCCAUUUUACUGCCUUAUUCGGAUAUGGGCCCGAGCGAGCUAACAUGAUGACCGAUACAGGAGUACACCAACAACUUGCUAUCAUGGCCUCUGUCCACGACGACAAUGACACAUUUACAACUGAGAGCAACACGGAUGCGCAGGUGCAGGAGUUCUGCGAAGUAGUAAACGACAUUGAAAACGGGCUCGCGUCGGUCAGGGAGACCAUCAAGUCCCUCCAGGAGAAGCACACAGCGUCUCAACUUGACACGAAAAACGGCAUCUCGCUGCUAUCCCUCAAGCACCACUCGAUGUUGUCCUACCUCCAGUCACUCGCACUCAUCUCUUCGCGACGUGCUGCGGGAGAUUCAUUGAAUGAGAGGACACAGCCUACAAUGCCCUUCGCAGCACCUGAGCGCGAGGCACGGGGAUCGGGAGCAGGCGACCGUGUUGACUCGGUCAUCGAGGCCCGUGUCGUCCUGGAGAAGAUCAAGGUAUUAGAGGGUCGUAUGAAAUACCAGAUCGAGAAGUUGGUGCGCAUCGCCGAGGAGGCACCUUCUGCCGAUAACGCAGCCAACGACCCUCUCGCGUUCAGGCCCAACCCUCAAGCCCUCAUGGACCAAGAGUCCGAGUCAGAAGACGAGGGCGAAGUCCGCGAAGGCGGCCAAGAGCGUGGCGGGAUUUAUCGUCCUCCCAAGCUCGCGCCCAUGCCCUACACCGAGCCGCGCGCCGAGAAAGACAAGUCGCGCCGGCUCCCCGUGCCCAGCGCGCUCUCCACGCUCGCGCACCUCGACCCGUCCAAGCCGUACAUGGAGUCGACCUCCGGCCUCGGCUCCACGCCUGCGCUCAUGUCCGCGCGGGCGCGAGAGCUGCAGCGCAUGACCGAAUUCGAGGAGGAGAACAUGACGCGGCUGGUGAUGAAGAAGAAGGACGCGCGCAAAAGGAAGAUGGACGAGACGGACAUCGCGCUGGGAGGCUCGGGCGCUGCGUCGAGCAGGCGUGGGCGGGGUGGCGGUUUCGAGGAUGAGUUCGGCGACAUUCUCAGAUCGGUGGGGAGAAGCAGUAGGGGCGCCGUUGGCGAUGGGUACGAAGAGCUGCGGCAGAGGGGCAAGAAGCAGAGUGUGCUUGUGCGCUCGAGGGCGAGGUCGGACGAUGUGGAUGAUCUGGGCGAUGAUGGGCCGAGGGUUAGGAAGAGAAGUCGGUUCGAGCAGGAGGUCAAGGCAGCGAAGAAGAGGAUUCCGACGAAGCGGAAGUCAUAGUGAAGAUCCUACGUGUAGCAGGCUUCAUGCUAUCUC